GGCAGGUGGACAAAUCUUUGUCUGGAGAAAGUGGUAUCGUCCUUCCCGUCAUCCUUUUGGAGAAAGGGAUCACGUCAGGAGGGGAUCACUUCCGGCUUUCCAAGAUGGGUUCCCGGGCUUCUCUGCUUCUCAGACAGGAAGAAAUCGAGGAAAUACAGCGGGAAACUGGGUUCUCGCACAACCAGAUCACACGACUGUACAGUCGGUUUACUAGUCUUGACAAGAGUCAGAAUGGGGCCCUGAGUCGAGAGGACUUACUGAGAAUUCCUGAGCUGGCCAUCAAUCCCCUUGGAGAAAGGGUUGUACAGUUAUUCUUUUUAGAAGGGGAGGAUGAGCAGGUGAACUUUCGCCAGUACAUGCGAACGCUGGCACGGUUCCGACCCCUGGACCCGAGUCAGAAGAACGAUAAAGAGGGCGUCAAUAGCAGGGAGAAGAAACUGGAGUUUGCUUUCAGGAUGUAUGACUUGGACCAAGACAACAGGAUCUCCAGAGAUGAAGUUUUACAGGUUUUGCGGAUGAUGGUUGGGGUGAACAUCUCCGAGGAGCAGCUGGGCAGUAUCGCAGACAGAACCAUUCUAGAGGCAGACACUGAUGGAGACCAGCGCAUCUCAUUUGAGGAGUUUUGCAAGGCCAUGGAGAGAAGUGAAGUGGAACAGAAGAUGUCAGUGAGGUUUUUGGACUAGAGCAGGAUUUUUAGCAUGUUUUUAUAAUCUUGCUAUGUUUUGCCUAUUUCAAGAAAGAUCUAAUGGCAAAUGGUAGAUGUAUAGCUGGAAAAAGAUAACUAAUCUAAUGAAGUGAAAUGCAGUGUACUGCAGUACUGUGGAAUUCUAUUUUACAUUUCAAUUUUGGAAAAUUGUUAAGAUUUUUCACAUAACAGACUUUGAAAAUGAUUCUAUAUUGUAUGUCUUUUCAUUCCUGUUGGUCUGUUAUUAUUAUCAAAGCUGAUCAUUUGUUUUAUAGUUAUAUUUGAUAGUUGAAUUAUACACUGUAGUAAGUAUAUUGGUGCUUGAGGUACAUGUACUAUAAUUAGGACUGUAAAAAAUAUGUUUGUACAAAAUUGAAAGAAAUUGAGAUUUUUUAGAAUCGAAUAGUGUGUGUAGCGCAAACUCUGCUGUUCAGGGCUGUAACUGGCCCCUCUGCCAGCAGAUGUUGGGAGGGCUGCUAUGAUAGUAUGAGUGUGAUUUAAUCAGGCUAGGAAUCAAACAGAUGUUGCUCCUCUAUAUUUGAUUGGACUAAUGAUGAAUAAUCAGGGGCAAUAAUCAUUGAGGUCAUUACAAAUGCCCUGUAUAGGCAGCCUGUUUUGGGCUUGUUCUUUCUUCUUAGUCUUGGUUUAAGAAUAAUUCUAUUCAGUGUAAAAAUGAUGUGUGAAGACCAUGUCAAUGCUUUAUUGGUCACUCAUAUUUUGAUGUGUUACUACAGAUGUAUUAGAGGAAGUGGACCAUUGAUGACAGUAUCAUUCAAAUGUGUGAUGAUUAUUGGUCCUAAUUAUAUGUUGUUAACUUUGUGUAAAAAGCAUCACAGAUAUUCAGAAUGAUAAUAAAGAGAUAUUUAUUGCUUAA